AUGGGCUGGUUCUGGGCAGAUUCACAGCAAAAGGCGCCUCAGGCGCCGCAUCCUACAUUUUCAAAUGCAGCACCUCCUCCUGGAUGCCCAAUGCAUGAGUCGAACUCUGCACCAUCCAAAAUCCCGGAGACUACCACGCCUCCCACCAGCUGCCCAGUGAAAAGAUCUUCCGAUUCACCUUUUUAUGUCGCUCCGAAAUCCGAUUCCCCAACUGCACCGGAAGUAGCCGCUACAGCCAAGUCCUCGUCCACUUUGUCUAAAUUGAACCCUUUGAACUACAUGUUUUCUUCGAUCUCUCAGGAGCGGGCUCCUAACCAGACAGUUGACCUUCCCCUUGAGCGCGAGCAGUCGUCCAUCCCAAGAGGCGACUCAAAUGAGAACUGGGAGUACCCAUCUCCCCAGCAGAUGUACAACGCGAUGCUGCGCAAAGGACAUACUGACACGCCCCAGGAUGCAGUGGAAGCAAUGGUUGCCGUGCACAACUUCUUGAAUGAAGGUGCAUGGAACGAAAUUGUCGGAUGGGAGCGCACCUUCGCUGGGGGCUUGAAGACUGGAUGGGAAAAAUGCCGCCGCGGCGAGGAGAACCUGAGCUAUGAUCUGGCUGUAGCUGAGGAGACCGGUAAAAUUGACCCGGUAACAGAGCCUCGUCUAAUUAGAUUCCAAGGCCGACCCCAAGAUUUGAGUCCCAAGGCCACAAUUUUCCAGGCUCUGGGAUGGGCUAUGCCGUCCAAGUUUGAUCAAAAACCACCUUUCGACCGGCAUGAUUGGUUCGUUCAGCGCCAGACACCAUGGGGUUCGAAGGAGGUUCGUUAUGUGAUCGAUUACUAUUCCGGACCUCCUGAGGAGACUGGGGAGCCGGUAUUCUACCUUGACAUUCGUCCUGCUUUGGAUUCGCCUACCGCAGCUGUCGAGCGGAUGAUGCGCUGGGGAGGAGAUGUGUGGUGGAGAGCCAGUGGAGCUGCCGUGAGGGAGCAGAACCCGAAGCAAUCCUGA